ACUCGUAGUCGUGUAGGGAGUUCUUUUUAUGGGAAGUAGUCCCUGACUUUCCUGCAAAUCACAUUCGUACAGAGCUCUCCCUCGUCAUUAUAUUUCCAUACGUCUCUCGUGACGAACAUCUCAGUAGAAAAAAUCGUCGAAAAGUACAAAUUUAACAAUUUCAAAACAUUUUCUAAAAACCUUGUGUCGCUUGGCGUUUUGGACUAAAAACGACAUGUCCAACAUGCAGGAUGUACCGCUGCCGGAGCCAGAGGGCUUGGACGAGUCGGGUGUCGCGUCGACGGUCAGCACCAAGUCCACUUCGCUGAAGCGCUUCUUCAAGCUGAGCAAGAAGCCACACAACUUCCAGGAGGAGCUCCAAGAUGUGGCCGAAUCAGCCGGCCGCCAGAAGGAUCCCAGCAAGAACAACACAAUGGGUCGUUUCUUCACGCGCUUCAAGAACGCACAAAAGGAUGGUGAUGAACCAGUGUCUUCGACUAGCAAUGUGACCACUGUUGCUGGCGAGGAGGAGCAGCAGCAGCAGGACCAGGGCCAGGUCAGCAACAAGCCGCUGCCCAAUGUGAAGCCCACAAUUAAGGAGUCCAUAUCGAGCUACUGGAAGAUGCUCUUCACUCGCACCAAGGCCCAGAAGCAGGCUGGCUCUGGCAUGUCGGUCGGCAUGGAGGAGGUGCACGAGCUGCAGCAGGUGAAGCAGGAUCAGACUCAAUUGGACGGCCAAUUCAAUCAGUCUGACCGCGAGGAGGACAUCGAGGUUUUGAACACACCCCAGCCGGAGGUCGCUGUAGCUCUGACCCUGCAGGAGCUGGAAGACUAAGACACUAAGACACAAGCAUCUACUAUAAACACUAUCCUCUUGGCAAACACUUCAACCACAUAUCGUUACUUGCGUUGUCCUCCCGAGCCUCGAGAACGACUAGCCGACGGUCGGAGGCAUCCUUCGAGCGCUGAAAGACAAACGCUACAAAACAUUUAUACACUAUCCUCUUGGCAAUUACUUACACUAUCCUCAACACUUGGUGACUUCAAUUUGUUUCCCUAAAAUACGCCACAGAAUCCCAACAAUUUUAAAUUGUUACACUAUCGAAAGGUUCGGCCUUCCACAGAAUGUUCAAUUGUAGGCAUACCUUCAAAAUAAAUGCUCCUGCAUAUGCAAGUAAAAUGUAA